CUUUCUUUCCUUUCCUUUUCUUUCUUUUCCACUCCUCCAUUCUCUCCAUCCUUCCGGCCAAACAUAGCCUAGUCAUAAUUCAUGAUUUUGUCUCAUUGGUAGUAACACACCUUGUUUACACCAAAACAUGUCCAAUCGAUUAUACGUAUAUAUACUAACAAAAACUUUCAAAAAGUCUCGUCCAUUUAAAUAAUUCGGUAUAUAACACAAACACAAGAACAAAGUGUGAUCAUAUCAAAGAAACUCGAACAUCGAUCUUUCUUGACAGAUCAAUACACACACACAUAUAUAUAUAUAUAGGUUCUAAUUAGUAAAAUUCAUAAAUAUCGAAGAGAUAUGGAUAUGGGAAAUAUGAGUGGUGAUGGGACGAUGAAUAUGAAGAUGCAAAAUGGGAUGAGCUUUCAAUGGAGUACCAACGCUAUAAUCCUCUUCUCAGGGUGGCCCGGCGGCCAUAGCCCCGGUAUGUACAUAUUGUCUCUGUUUUUAGUCUUUUUCAUGGCUGCCGCCGUCGAGGUUCUCUCUGUACCGAUCGCCUUUCUCAAAGCCGCCGGUGUACCUCCGAUGAUGACGGCUUUGAGUCAGGCUUGCGUGUAUGGUUUUCGCGUUGGGGUUUCUUACUUGGUUAUGCUUUCUUUGAUGUCUUUCAAUGUCGGAGUUUUCAUUGUUGCCGUCGCCGGCCAUGGUGUAGGGUUUUUCCUCGUCAAGGCUAGCUCCUCUAUGGAGCAUUUCUUUCUCAAACAAGAGGAGAAUCAUGAUGUUGAGGAAUCUUUUGUUCACGAGUGAGACACGUUAAUGGUGACAUUUAUAUAUAUACAAAAUAUAUGUGUGUGUAUGCAUAAUAUGUGUGUUUAGUUCUUGUUUUGGUAUUCACUUCGGAUUUUUGUUUUAAUGAAUUGGAAAAAAAAUAUACACAUAUGAUUAUGAAUAUUUGUAUGUAACAUAGCAGUAGUCAAUAAUUUUAUGUUAAAAUUAUAGCUAUACUAGUUCGUAUCGAAUGAUGUAAAAUUACACAACCUAAUAAGGAAUAUGCUAUAUAUUCUC